AAUAGCAAUCACUGUUUAUCUAUUCGCGGGUAUCAUAACAUAACAGUAAUUUGUGAUUUAGUUCCUGCGCACAAAUUUCACAGGGCCUGCUGUGCAUUUCAUGAUGACAAAUUCAAAAUGAUUUAUUUUGUCUGUUAUUGAAAGGGCCAAAGCAAUUUGCACGGUUUUUUUUUUUUUUAAUCUUCAGUUCAAGCCAUAUCUGGAACGGCUCUCCUUGGCUCUAAAUAAAAUAAAGCAAGAUAAUUUUGAAUCCGUUGUGGAAACUUCUCGAGUCAUCUUUCUGGGCUAGAGAAACAUGCAAGCCCCACCACGAAGAUUUCACGUCGCUGGCUCGUCUCAGCUGACUACUUUUGAUUUCCUCUCGGUUCCUGACCAAACCGAAACCUUGUUCCAGUCCUUAAACCGCCAGUCUGCUGACGAUUUCACAGCCGUGGAUGAUGAUCACGAUGCAAACGCGCUGUUUGGAACCUUGCGUGGAAAUGUUGUGGGGUUACGUUAUUACAGUGGCCUGGUCAACAAAAAUGAAAUGGUCUCCCUUGUGAGGCAGCCUGAUAACCCAUAUGACAGAAAUGCAGUUCAGGUGAACAAUGUAUAUGGGGACCAGGUAGGACAUAUUAAAAAAGAACUGGCUCUACCCAUGGCAUACAUCAUGGACAAUAAGCUGGCAAAGGUUGAGGGGAUUGUCCCAUUUGGCACCACAAAUGCCUUUUCUAUGCCUGUUCAGCUCCAUUUCUGGGGUAAAGAGGAACACAAAGCUUCUGUGGUUGAGAGGCUGAGUCGGUCCGGAUUUAAACUCUGCCCACCUUCAAAGAGUACAGGUUUUGAGACCAGUAGUUACGGAGCAGGAUCGAUGUUGGUGCCUAAAAGUUUCAGAGUUUCACCUGGCUGUCUUCCUGUAGUCCAGAUGACGGCUGAUCAGCUGAAGAAUGAGUUUGACAAAUUGUUUGAAGACGUGAUGGACACCAAAGGACAGAUGAUGGAACCAGCUGAAGCUGUUGGCACUGUGCUGCUUGCGCACCAAAAGCAGGCGUUGGCAUGGAUGGUAUCUCGGGAAAACAACAAUGACCUGCCACCGUUUUGGGAGCAGAAAAACGAUAUAUACUACAAUCUGCUUACGAACUUUGGAGUUAAAGAGAGACCCGAGAGAGUUCUUGGAGGGAUCUUAAGUGAUGACAUGGGGCUGGGGAAGACUCUGUCCAUGAUUGCACUGAUUCUUACAAACUUUCAUAAAGGAAUGCCUCUUCCCCUUGAGAAGAUUGAUGUUGAGGAGACUACAAAGGGUGAUAUUCCCCUGUCUGUAGCAACUCUCGGAGGAUUACAAAAGAAGACUACAGAGGAACCAAAUGAGAAGUUUAAAACAGAUGAAGCUGUGAAGAGUACAGAGGUUUCUGCUGGUAGUUCUCGUUCGAAAAGGCAAAAAGCGAAGGUGACGUACACUUACAGCAGUGAAUCUGAGGGCUCGAUAGAUGGGGUGUCUCCUAAAAAGAAAAGUAAAGCAGAGCAAAAACAGGGAAAGAACAAAGGAGGUUCAAGCAAAGGACGUGUUUCUUCCCCGAUGGAGUGUUUUGAUUUUGCUGCUGCCCUUGAAACAUCAGCUGCUGCAAGCACCUCAAAAAGGAAAGUCAAGAAAAAAGGUGCUGUUGCUAAUGCUGAAAUGAAGGGAAGAGCUACCCUUAUUAUUUGCCCCCUGUCUGUUCUUAGUAACUGGAUUGACCAGUUUGAGCAGCAUGUGCGCCCCAAUGUAAAGCUGAGUGUUUAUCUUUACUAUGGCUCUGACCGGAGCAGGGAUCCGUCAUUCCUUUCUUCACAGGACAUCGUGGUGACGACCUACAAUGUGCUAGCAGCAGAUUUUGGGAAUAAGAACGAUAGCCCCCUCCACAAAGUAGAUUGGCUCCGAGUAGUUCUGGAUGAAGGACACACUAUACGAAACCCCAACGCACUCCAGACAAAGGCUGUCCUGGAUUUAAAAGCAGAGAGACGAUGGGUCUUAACAGGUACCCCAAUCCAAAACUCAUUGAAGGAUCUCUGGACUCUUAUUUCUUUCCUGAAGCUGAAACCCUUUACUGUGAAGGAGUGGUGGAACAGGACAAUUCAACGGCCAUCCAUGAUGGGGGAUCCAGAAGGGUUUAGGCGGCUGCAGGCAUUAAUUAAAAGCAUUACAUUAAGAAGGACAAAAGCAAGCAAAAUAAAUGGCAGGCCAGUGGUGGAGUUACCAGAGCGGAAGGUAUUUAUUCAGCACAUCACAUUGUCCGAGGAGGAGAAGCAGCUUUAUGAGUCCGUCAGGAAAGAAGGCAGAACUGUUAUUGGCAGGUACUUCAGUGAAGGAAGUGUUCUGACAAACUACGCCGAUGUUUUAGCUAUCCUGGUGAGACUCAGACAGUUAUGCUGUCACCCACGUUUGUUUGGAAGCUCUGCUUUGACUGUGGAUUCUAAAGAUGAUGCCACACCCAGUGAGCUACGGGAGAGGCUGAUAAACAAAAUGAAUCUUGUGCUGGGUUCAGGGUCAGAUGAAGAAUGUGCCAUUUGUUUGGACUCUCUGAGAUCUCCAGUGAUUACCUACUGUGCGCAUGUCUACUGUAAGCCCUGUAUCUGUCAGGUUAUCCGUGCUGAACAGAAUGCCAAAUGCCCUCUGUGUCGGGCAGAGAUCAAAGUGGAUCAGCUGGUUGAAUACCCUGUAGAGAAGAACACGUCAGAAUCUCUGGAGACUAAAGACAAGUGGCUUCCUAGUUCAAAGGUAGAUGCCCUGAUGCGUGUAUUACUCAAACUACGGGAGGAAGACUCCAGUGUCAAGAGUUUGGUUGUUUCUCAGUUCACAAAGUUUCUGUCUCUGAUUGAAAUCCCACUAAGGGAAGCAGGGUUUUCAUUUGCACGCCUUGAUGGGUCCAUGAGCCAGAAAAAGAGGGCAGCUGCCAUACAGGCUUUUCAGAACAGCGAGCGGGGGACACCCACCAUCAUGCUGCUUUCACUGAAGGCUGGUGGGGUCGGCCUUAAUCUCACAGCAGCUUCAAGGGUUUUCCUGAUGGAUCCGGCUUGGAAUCCUGCAGCAGAGGACCAGUGCUUUGAUAGAUGCCAUAGGCUCGGCCAGACAAGAGAUGUGAUCAUCACCAAGUUCAUUGUGAAGGAUUCUGUAGAAGAAAAUAUGACAAGAAUACAGAAGAAAAAGAGAGAUCUUGCAGAAAGAGCCUUUGAAAGCAAGAAUACCAAUGAGAUGAAACAAGCAAGGAUUGAUGAGAUCAGAACCCUAAUGGAUAUCUGAAAACAGCUGCAACUAAGCCAGAUUAUAUUUUAAGUUCUGUGGUUAUUUUUGGUUAUUAUUUCAUAAGCACUCUAGUGCAACAACUCGCCAUGGUCCAGAUGGAGUAAAAUUAUAUUUUGUAGUUUAAUCAAGUCUAGUUUCAACACUGUUUCAUCCCUGAGAAGAGGAAUGUGAAUCUUGGAAGUUGAAGAGUCUACUUAUCUUUAUACAAAAUCCUAGAAUACAGGACAUCUAAAUAUUUCUGUUGGUAGGAUAAGUUAUUAUGUAACAGACUUCAAUAACUAAAUCUAAAAGCUUUUCUUUGAACAAAAAUAAAAUAAAAAUUGACAA